GUUACUAGAUGGAGACCGUUGGCGGCGUCUGCCAACUUUCACGUUGGGGUUUCACAAGACCUUGGUGUUUUCACGCGCUCUGAGGCCACCGGAGACGCACUUGCCGUCACCUGCUUGGCGACAGAGGGGAACCAGACUCACUCUGUACUGCCCCGUACGUAGAGAAGAAUGAGCGAGUCCGGCUCAAAGUCCAGCCAGCCCCUGGCCUCCAAGCAGGAGAAGGAUGGGACUGAGAAGCGAGGCCGAGGUAGGCCUCGCAAGCAGCCUCCGGUGAGUCCUGGCUCGGCCCUGGUAGGGAGUCAGACGUCUUUGCAGAAGGAGCCCAGUGAAGUGCCAACUCCCAAGAGACCUCGGGGCCGACCAAAGGGAAGCAAGAAUAAGGGCGCGGCCAAGACGCGGAAAGCUACCACAACUCCAGGGAGGAAAUCAAGGGGCAGACCCAAGAAACUGAAGGAGGAAGAGGAGGGCAUCUCCCAGGAGUCCUCGGAGGAGGAGCAGUGACCACUCCGCAGUGCCGUCUGCUCCUUAGCCACCGAGGAGCAGCUUUCCCCCGGGACAGGAAGCCCUGCUCCCAGGCCCCUCCCCGCCCCCACUGCACACUACCGCACCAGGCACCAGCUGCGG